CUCUAUCUCUCUAACUGGUUCGCUCUUUUCUCUAACUCCUCCCGUUCACCCCCAUUCCAUCGGCUUUACCAGAUCUCCUUCCCUCCGACUCUUCUGCCAAUCAAUCAAUUCACAUUACGAUUGGUUAAACUAAUUAAGUAAUUUGUUCAUCGAUUCAAUCAUGGUGAAGCUGGCGUCGGCGCGGGAAAGCCGGCUGUACGGGCCGCGGCUGGCUCGAAACCGGUCGGAGUACACGAAUGCGGGGCUGUACGUGUUCGCGGUGGUGGUUUUCAUCGGCGGCUUCGCGGCGCAGCUCUCGAGGGAGCCGAAGUCGGGACUGGUUCUGCUGCUCAUAGCCCUGGCUCUGAUAAUCGCCGUGAACCUGCACGAUCUGGUGGCUCAUCUCGCCGGAGUCGAUUUCCGGCUGCCGUUGGUGGAGUUCGACUUGCAGCUGGCGCUGGUGGAGUUCGCUGUCCCUGUGGUUCAGGCCGUCGGGUCGCUGCUCGUGUUCUUGGGUGUUCUUUUUCUCUUCAUUCAGGCAGAGAAAGGAUAUGACCAUACUAAGCCAGAGAAGCAUGCUGUCAACAUGCUUAUUGCGGGUCCUAUCCUAUGGCUACUGGGCUCAAUCCACAACUCAUGUCAGAUAUAUGAGAGGGCUGAUGGGCAUGUCCAAAUUCUACAAGAGAGUGUCCACAUUCCAUUCUUGUUGGGAAGCUUAUUGUUCGUGGUGGGCGCAAUUCUCAAUGCUCGUGAGCAAGCUCAACCAAUCCAUCACGGCAUCGACUUACUUAGUAAGACUUGGGCCUGGUUGGGGAUUUUUGGAAGCCUCUUGUUCUUGAUCGGCGGAUUGAUGAACGUUGUGAAAGUGUUCAAGAUGCAGCAAAUCAACGGGCUACGGUUGGAGAAGCUGCGGGGAGGGGCGCACGAGUGGCUUAUUCAUGAGAGAGAAGGCCACGUCUCGCUCAUUAUAGAAGAGGAGAGGAUGAGAAAGAGGCAAGCCGAAGAAGCCAGACGGACAGUUACGACUCCUUACAAGGAUGUUCUUGUUGGUCACAGUUGAAGGUCUUGCUUGGAGGCUGAGGUAGUUCCUUUGGUACUUAUCGCAUGUAGUUAUUUUCUACCCGUCUAGCUGAUCUGCAGUAGAUUACAAAUCAACAGCUUCGCUGUUUUUUGUUUUUAAAUUUUUUGUAUUGAGUUGUGUUCAAUAUUUAGUGACAUUUACCUUCGGCAAUUGUUGUUGGCAUUCUUCACCGUUUCUUGGAAGAAAAUAAUGGUAAUCUUGUGUUGGUUUGUGGAAUGAAAAA